CCCUGUCCUGUGGGCAGCACCCCAUCUCAGCAGGGUGACAUGACACAGAGAGAAGCAAGGACUUCUCCAGGGAUGCCUGGACUGGGCGGCGGCCACAACGGCGGAUCUGGGCUGGCACUGGGCACUGACAGGAAGAGGAGCCGCCUGAUGAAGGCGAAGCAGGGACUGUGGGGAGAGACUAGCUGGGGCAGCCAGAGAUGGAGCAGACCUGGCCCCACCAUCUAUAAUCCCAGAGCCAGGAGCUUGGCUGUUGGCAGGGGUGAGUCCAGUCCGGAGAAUGCAGCCCGUGAAAGGAGUAGAGUAAGGACUCUGCGUCAGGCCUUUCUGGCCCUGCAGGCAGCAUUACCUGCAGUGCCCCCAGACACCAAGCUCUCCAAACUGGAUGUCCUGGUCCUGGCCACUAGCUACAUAGCCCAUCUUACCCAAACCCUAGGCCAGGAGCUGCCAGGGGCAGCUUGGCCCCCCUUCCUGCGUGGACUCCGCUACUUGCACCCUCUCAAGAAAUGGCCAAUGAGAUCUCGCCUCUACGCUGGAGCCUUGGGGCCAUCUGGCCUUGACCCUACUAGCAGUACUCCUGGCCAGACAAUGUGGGAAUCAGCAGUCAGGCCCCAAGUCCCUGAAGAGGUGGAAUUCAUUCCUCCCAAGCCAGUCUCACCAUCUUGCAGCGGCAAAUAACUUCAUCUGUUUCCUUUGUGCUUGGCCCCUUAACUUAGAAUGGGGCCAAUGCUCUCAACCUGGCCUUACUUAUCCCUUCUAUGACUCUGUAGACUACUGGUCCAUUUCAGGGUCUUCCUUUCAGAAUCCCCAGUACACAUAUAACCCUUGUGAGGAAUGCAGUUGGGGCCUAGGGAGCUGGCAGAGAACUUUUUGGCUGAAGGGCAACAGGGAAAGUGGAAGGGAGAAGUACCAGUACUUUAUUCUUUUGAGAAAUAGCUUCAAGGUGACUCGGUUACCACUGAUGGGAGUGACAGCUCUGGAUGCCUGUGAUUGUGGUGGAGUGAUGGAAUCUCUUCAAAAUCAUCUCUCCCUC